GGUUUCUUUAAUUAUUAUUGGGCAAAAAUCAAAUAGUGAGGUCAUCGGUUAAUUCUAGCAUCAGAAUAUGUGCUGUAGUAUACGUAGUGGAAUUUAAUAGAAUUAGAAAUUUUUUAGUGCUUUCCAGUAAUAAUGCUUGAAUUUGCAGCAAUAAUAAUGAUGAUUUAAGAACCGGUGGCAUUUUAGGUAAAGUUCCUGGGUUUAGCUAUUUUGGCUACUUUUUUGUGUAAUUUUUGCUUUAAAAAAAAAAUGGCUACUAACCUGUUGACCCCAAAGGGGAAAGGUAGGGCGAGGAGAGCUUGUGAGGACAGUUCAGCACCAAGAUCGAUUAGAUUUUCUUUUGAGGAGAAUACAAUUUUGGUGUCAAAAGUGUGUGAGUAUUUUCACAGCAUCAUAGGCCCGGCAGCGAAUGAAACGCCCCAGAGGAAGAAGAAUGAGAUCUGGAAGAAGAUUGUCGAUGCUGUCAACGAAGUCGGUGGAAACAAUCGCCCCGACAUGGUGGUAAAGAAGAGAUACUUCGAUGUGAAGAGGCAGUUGAAGAAGAAGCUCUGUAAGGCUGCGUCCCAUUUAGCAGGGACUGAGGAUGAUAAACCUGAAGACGUAGAGUUGACCAGCUAUGAAGAGGAGCUCCUGGAAGUUCUGAUGCCGAGAAAUGAAGCCAGCGUGGAUCGGAUUGUGGAUACUGACGCACCAAGGUUUUCAGGAACACCAACGUCAUCCAAAGAAAAAAAUGUGUUACGGAGGAAGAUUACGGAUGCAAUUAGAGCAGUUGAUGGAAACAACCGAUUGGCAAGAAAAAGGUACUUUCUUGCGAAGAAGCAGUUGAAAACCAAGCUGUCCAUGACCGCAUCUCAUUCAGGGCAGACAGGAAGUGAAAAGUUUGAAGAUGAAGACCUGACCAGCGAUGAAGAAGAGCUGCUGGAGGCCCUGGGGCUAGACAUUGUGACCGGUGUAGACGGAAGUGUGGAUACUGACCAACGAGCAUUUUUGCAAGAACAGACAUGUGCUCUACACCAAACUGAAGAAGAACAGAUAUCUUCAGGGCCACCUAUAUCCUCACAAGAUCAGGAACCCAAGCAGAUGUCAAGUCAUAUGAAAAGCAUGGGUAAGGUCAAUGCAUCAACUAUAGUACUGUUACUAAUGUACGCAUGUAGUGUAAAUUUCAUUUAAUAAAACAUCUCA